UUCUUCCAUUUCUCUGUGGGCGUAAAAUAUGAAACAUCGCCAGCGAAACCACCUCGACUAAAUCGCCACCUCGACCAAAUCGCCAUGGAAAACAAACUUCACUUAUCAGCGGCGAAUAAGGCAGCGGCUCAGUCAAGUGGGUACCCGCAGCCACCCUACGACCAUCUCCUUGAGAAACAACAGGAGCAGGUAGAGAUGUGUUGGAACUUUCAGUAUCAAGAAAUCGAAAAUCUUAACGAUUUCAAAGACCACCAUCUUCCCCUAGCCCGCUUCAAGAGGAUCACGAAAGCUGACGGGGACGUCCACAUGAUCUCAGCUGAAGCACCAAUUGUAUUUGCCAAAGCAUGUGAGCUCUUCAUUCUGGAACUCACCAUUCGCUUUUGGCUUCACGCCGAGGGAGAAGAGCGAAGGACUCUUCAUAAGAGUAACCUCGAAGCGGCAAUUACUCUAGAUGACAUUUUCAACUUCCUUGUUGAUGUUAUUCCUACGGAAGCGGCUGCUGGUAAUGUGGGGUCCACAUCAAGUGGUGGGCCCUACUAUUACUCUCCAUUGGAACAGCCUGAUAUGCCUGGAGUUCAUCCCUCAAUGUACCUGCAGCCUCCGCCACCACCAUCGCAGGCGUUGCUGUCCAUCUGGCACCCUGCUGGUGAUGCUACUGGACAAAGUAAAUGUGAUGAUCAAAGCGUGAACUGCUGAGAAUAUUCAAAUGAGGACUGCUCUAUUUUUUGGGUUGUACGUGCAUAGCUGCUGGCCUGGUUUUCACCUCUAUUUUGGAUCAAAUGGCUGCCCAAG